UCCUGCAGGCCUUCUUCCAAGAAUACCAAAUUAGGGUUUAGUGCGAGGUUCGAAUCUCCGUUCCUCUUUAACUCCUAGUCUCUUACCCUUUCCCUUCUGCUCCCUCCUCUAGAUCGAGCAAUUCGAAGAAGACAUGCGUCUCACUCUCGAGUUCGGCGGCGGCCUCGACCUUCUUUGCAACUCUGUAAAGAUCCAUCACGUCGAUGUCGACCCAAAGACAGGAGAAGACAAGUUAUCGAUGAGGGACCUACUGUCUUGGAUCAAAUCCAAUUUGAUCAAGGAAAGGCCGGAGAUGUUCGUGAAAGGAGAUUCUGUGAGACCGGGCGUUCUAGUGCUUAUAAAUGACUGUGACUGGGAACUGUGUGGUAGUCUCGAUGCGGUGCUGGAAGAGAAGGAUAUGGUAGUAUUUAUAUCUACCUUGCAUGGUGGGUAGUAUCUAUUUGAAGAGUGAUGUCUAUUAGCAAUGCUCAUGUUAGGCCGAGCUAUGAUGAGGUUGGAACUUUUCACAUCAUUAUUGUACUGGAUCGGAAUAUUUAUUAGAGUUACAAAUUUGAGAUCAUGGUGUUUGUUUAUGGUAACAAUACUGCUUGUCCAUCA